AUGUCUAAGUUGUUGAGCUUCUUCACAUACGGCAGCGGCGGCGAGGCCGAACAACCACCCCAGCCAAGAAAGGAGGCCGUCCGCGCCUUGCCAACGCCAUGGUACACAACAGAGGAAAUGUAUCAACUCGAACGACGAGCCAUCUUCUCCAAACGCUGGAUGUUCAUCACGCAAAAGUCCCGCCUGCAACAACCCGGUGAUUUCCUCCGCUACACCGUCGCCAACUUCGACUUCAUCCUCAUCGUCGACCGCACUAACAAGAUCAACGCCUUCCACAACGUCUGCCGCCACCGCGCCUACCAAGUCGUCGAAGAGGAAAAAGGCCGCAAAAAUAUCCUCUCCUGCCGCUACCACGGCUGGUCCUACGGCCUGAACGGCAAACUCGCCAAAGCCCCAGCCUACGACCUCCUCGACGGCUUCGACAAAGAAAAGAACAGCCUCUUCCCCAUCCACACGAAAAUCGACAAAAAGGGCUUCGUCUGGAUCAACAUGGACGCCUCCGCCGAACCGGAAGAAUCCUGGGAGAAACAAUUCCACGCCGUGGACGAGCAGAAGCGGUUCGAGAAGUUCAACUUCGACGACUACGUGCUCGAUAAUUCGUACAGCAUGGAGGGCGAGUAUAACUGGAAGAUUCUGUCGGAUAAUUUCAACGAGUGCUAUCAUUGCAAGACGACGCAUCCGGAUGUGCCGACGUUCCUCACGAUUGAUAGUCAUGAUUGUGUGGGCAAGGAUGGGCAUAUUCAGCAUGAUCAGGCGCCGACGCCGGAGCAGGUUGCGAGGGGGUUUGAUGUGAAUUCGACGUACUACUUCCCGAACACGAGUAUGUCCGUCAGCCCACACUUCAUGAUGAUCCAAAAAUUCCUCCCCAACUCCCCCAUAGGCUGCUCCAUGCACUACGAAGUCUACCGCAACAAACACUCCUCGGACGCAGACUUCCACGAAAUCGCCGACACCUACGCGCGCGUCAUGUCCGAAGACAAAGCACUCUGCGAGAAAGCCCAGAAGAACCUCAACGCGGGCGUCUUCGUCGCCGGGGAACUCCACCCGCGCUGGGAGAAGGGCCCGCUGUACUUCCAGCAGCAGGUGAGGGAUGUCAUCACGGAGCACUUCCAGCGGGAGAAGAAGGCCGGUGGGGAGAUUUGGCCCGCGAGGCAGAAGUUGCCUGAGGAGGCUGGGGUGAGUCAUGAGGAUUUGGAGAUUUGCAAGGGGUUGGGGUGUGGAGUGCAGAAGGAGAUUUUGGCGUGGUGA